UGCUUAAUGAAAACAAUGCGCGUGCUUGGUGUAUCGGAGUUCAUGAAGCCACCACCAAAUCACCUCCUUCUCACGGCGGCGCUGCUGCUAACAUCCGCCAUAUGUUCGUUUUCAGCCAAUCAAUGCCCCAACUGCGGCAACACCGCUGUUCCUUACCCGCUUAGCACAGCGCCAAGUUGUGGAGACCAAUCAUACAAAAUCCGGUGUGACGCAGGUGCACUUCUAUUUGACACACUUAACAACUCAUAUCCAAUCAUUUCCAUCAACCAAGCAGAUCAACGGCUAGUGAUAAAGCCAGCAAAUCCCUUACCAAACAUUUGCAUCUCAUCUGAUUUUACCUACCAGGGUAUUCAAUUAAACAGUUCUCUUCCGUUUAACAUCACCAGUCAUAACACAGUCUUGCUUUUGAACUGUUCGGAGUCUAUUCUUGAACAACCGCUGGAUUGUUCGCCGGCUAGCUUGUGCCGGUUGUACGUUAAUAGCAGUAGAGGAAUGGAGUCUACUUGCAAGGAUGCAUCCAUUUGUUGUACUUUUCAAGCGGGUGGCUCGCCAACGAAGCAUCGGAUACGGGUUCGAGAUGCCGGUUGCAGAGCUUAUAGAAGCUUCGUUAAUCUGGAUUCGAGUUUGCCUGUGGAUAAAUGGCCCGACCCGGGAGUGGAGAUCCAAUGGGCGCUGCCUCAGGAACCAGUGUGUAGGUCUCAGGUAGAUUGUGAUGGGAACUCCACUUGUGAGCCUGACCCGAAUAUGAGUUGGGUAAGAAGGUGCCAUUGUAAGGUUGGGUCUCAGUGGGACCCGAUCCAAGGGAUCUGUGCUGAGACGAGCAGGUGUCAAAGUUCUGGAGGCUGUGAAAAGUCGAAGAAGACUGCACUUAUAGCAGGUAUAACGUCCGGCCUUAUUGCAUUGCUUAUGGUCAUCACCAUAGCCACCGUGCUUUACAAAUUCAAACAUUACAAACGCAGAAAAGAGGCACGAGAACGUGUUGCUAGAGACCGCCAAGAAAUCUUGAGUGCUGAUGGAAGCAAAGCGGCAAAACUCUUUACAGAAAAAGAAAUAAAGAAAGCUACAAACAACUUCUCCAAGGACCGGCUCGUGGGUGCCGGAGGCUACGGCGAAGUUUACAAAGGAAAUCUAGACGAUGGUACUGUUGUUGCAGUCAAGUGUGCUAAGCUUGGAAACACCAAAGGAACUGAUCAGCUUCUCAAUGAGGUUCGAAUUUUAUGCCAAGUGAAUCAUAGAAGUCUUGUACGUUUACUGGGUUGUUGUGUUGAGCUUGGCCAACCUAUCUUAGUUUACGAGUACAUUUCAAAUGGAACUCUUUUUGAUCAUUUACAAUCUGAGCAAGGCCAAUUAUCUUGGAUUCAUCGUCUCCAAAUUGCUUAUGACGCUGCAGAAUGUCUCAGUUACCUUCAUAUCUCUGCUACUCCCCCCAUAUAUCAUCGAGACGUAAAAUCAAGCAAUAUUCUUCUUGAUGACAAAAUGAUCGCCAGGAUUUCAGAUUUUGGAUUAUCUAGGUUAGCACAUAGUGAUAUGAGUCAUAUAUCUACUUGUUGCCAAGGUACUAUUGGAUAUUUAGAUCCAGAGUAUUUUAGAAAAUUUCAAUUAACUGAUAAGAGCGAUGUGUAUAGCUUCGGGGUUGUAUUGUUGGAGCUUUUAACUUCACAUAAAGCAGUUGAUUUUAGUAGAAGGGAAGAUGAUGUAAACUUAGUGAGUUAUGUGAGGACGAUGAUGAAGGAGGAGAAAUUAAUGGAGGUAAUUGAUAGGAGGCUAAAGGAAAAGGCGAGCAGUGUGGAGCUUGAGAGCAUGAAAGAAUUGGCACUCUUGGCUUUGGAUUGUUUGGAGGACAAAAGGGAGAAUAGGCCUUCCAUGAAAGAAGCUGCAGAGGAUAUUGAGUACAUGUUGAAUUUUGUAAUAUCUGAGGAUGUAAAAAACUAGAAUUAAAAAGUAAAUGAUAAUAAAGCAUUAUGCCAUUUCUGAAACCAA